AUGCGCUUGACCUUUGCCUCAGCUGCCGCCUCCGCCUUUGCACAACUUUCAAAGAAGCGCAAGCCGCUCAAGACUCUUGCCAAAGCGGAGGGGUCCCUGAGGCAGACUAAAAAGGCUCGAAAGUACAAGGACAAGUGGGGUCCUGAGUGGAAAGCGCUGGCACUACGGGCCAACGAGGUCAAGAGGCUCGAAGCUGUCCCCAAAGAGCUCAAGGAUGGCCUGGCAGAGGAUCACCAGCGCGUAGUUGAGCGUCAUCGUGCCUUGAUCCAAUCCCACAUGAGUCACGCUGACAUUGAGGAGCGAAACGCCGAGAUGCGGACGCUGUGGGAUGAGGUCCGCUUCUUGAGAAAGCGCAACGAGUACUUGACUGGUCGAACCACCGACGACCGCGUCAGGAACUUGGAGCGCGUGCUCGACAGUCAGCAAGAAGACGCGCUCUCGAAUUCAAUUUAUCGAGAGGUCAUGCAGAAGGAGAAUUCGAGUCUUCGGAGGCGUUGCGAGAUGGCGGAGGGAGGCAGCGUAGAGGCUGAAGGGGCCAUGGAUCGUGCGGGAUAUAGAGAGGCGAUUGGGCCAACGGAGUACUACGACAUUCUUCAGACGAUUGGAGCUGCAUUCGGGAUGGAGAGUCCUGAGACUGGCAGCUACAAGGAUUGUACUGGAGUGACCUUCUUGCAAGCGGUGAUGGCAGAGGUCAAGCUUGCAAGUAUGAGUGGCCAAUUCAAGAGCAGUUUGCAGUCUGGACUGGAGGUCUCCUCAAGCAAGCACACAUUGCUCAAAGACCUCUACUUGACAGUACCUGUGGUCCACUGGACUCCAGCAUUGCCCAAUCUAGCUAAAGCUGCCAACAAGUCCACUGAUUUCAAGACCAUUCAGAGAAGCCCUAUUCUGCUGGGCUCUGAUUUCUCUGUCAAGGUCAAGUCAAGUGGUAAGGACAACAGGCCACAGGAGAGCAAAUUCAAUGUGCCAGAAGAUGAGGAAGGUUCAGGUGGCAGUAAGAGAAGCAUUGCCAGGAUGAGCCCAAGGGCCCUUGCCAAGCAGUUUGGCGCGGCGGUGCUGGCCCUAGUGUACCAAUCAGCAUGUCGUUUGGAGACUCAGUCCCCAAUCUUGUCACAGCAGAAUAUGCUCAGUGAAGAGGGGCAUGCACAGUGGCGCAUGGAGCUGGAACUUGCCAAGGUUAAUCAAAGUGUUGCAAGUAAUAGUGGAGGUGGUCACAGUCCGCCAGCCGCCAAGUCGCAAAAGACCACGCUGAAUGAAGAGCUGCAUGCACAGUGGCAAAUAGAGCUCGAGCUCGCCAAAAGCAGUCCAGAUGUUGCAAAUGCAAACGACCACGCUGAAUGA